CCAACACUACUAAACCAGCAGAUAUUGCCAACAACUUUGAUUGAUACCAAAAAUUUGUUUCUUGCCGUUUUAUACACAAUUGCACACGAUAGGAGCAUUAAAAUCACCUAACUACAUAAAAACUUGAAAGAUUUGAGAUAAGAAAAAAAGCACAUUAGGUGAACGGUAACGUUAAGUGCAUGGCAAUGGAAUUUUUGUUCGGUUCACGCUCAAGCAAAACUUUCAAGCCCAAGAAGAAUAUACCAGAAGGCACACAUCAGUAUGAUCUGAUGAAACAUGCAGCUGCCACGCUGGGCUCCGGAAAUUUACGCAAUGCUGUGGCGUUACCUGAUGGCGAAGAUCUCAACGAGUGGGUAGCUGUUAACACUGUGGACUUUUUCAAUCAGAUAAACAUGCUUUAUGGCACUAUUACGGAAUUUUGUACAGAGGAUAGCUGUGGCAUUAUGUCGGCAGGUCCGAAAUACGAAUAUCAUUGGGCCGAUGGCCUGACGGUUAAGAAACCUAUCAAAUGCAGUGCACCGAAAUAUAUUGAUUAUCUCAUGACCUGGGUGCAGGAUCAACUGGACGACGAGUUGCUGUUCCCGUCCAAAAUUGGAGUACCAUUUCCAAAGAACUUUCUCAGCUCCGCCAAGACUAUACUAAAGCGUUUGUUCCGCGUGUAUGCGCAUAUCUAUCAUCAGCAUUUCAGCGAAGUGGUCACGCUGGGCGAGGAGGCCCAUCUAAACACUUCGUUCAAACACUUUAUCUUCUUUGUGCAGGAGUUCAAUUUGAUUGAACGCCGCGAGCUGGCGCCUUUGCAGGAGCUCAUCGACAAGUUGACGGCAAAGGAUGAACGGCAGAUAUAGGAUUCACUGCAUGUGCUGGACAGUGGAGGCGCCGGCAGUAGUUUGCAAUUGGACCUGUGAUUGGCAGCUGCAUUUUUGUUUUAUUUUUGGCGCCUAGGGAUUACGCUUUAGCUAGUUUACCGCCUUUCCUUUACUCGUUUAAUAGAUUUUAAAAGUUUUGUUCAGUAUCCCAUUAAAUUGAAACAUAAUGAUGACAAAACUGAUGUAUGAUGAAGUAUGGUAGCAAACCGGGUCGACUAUAUUUUUAUAUGUGACACACACACACUUACUAUUAAGAGAUGUAAAAGCAUAUUUAUACAUGAAUAUAUAAAUGUAUGUAUAUGUAAAAAGCUGAACAAACUGCAGUCAGGCACGCAUUGAUUAUUAAUACAGACUAACACUAACAAAAAAGCUUCUCUCACAAAGACGCAAGAUAAUAUUUCAUUUGUUUAUGUUAUUUUAUAUGUAUGUACGUAUUUAUUAUUAUUCAAAAAAAUAUUGCAAUGCAGGCCCUGCGAAACAUGAGGCGGACCCACAAUAAAUGAUAAUAAUUAUAGACUUGAUAAACAUUUUUGAUACAUUUUAUACUAAUAAAGAAACAGCAUAUACAGAAUAAGCUUUAAUGGAAAUACUAUACAAAUUCUAUGUUUAAUUGUUGAAUGUGGCGUGGGCUAAUUAUCUAAGUGUAACAUAAGCUUGGCUAUUUACAAAUACAAUUUAUUUUAUCUAUUAAGCAUAAACUUUAUA